GUCGAUGGUGACAAACACAACUUGGACUGCACGUAUGAAGGGACUUUUUUGGACAUCAUCAACACAUUGGCGAACGCAAAUGUCUCGAAAGUGAUUGUCGCGAUCAACAAAAUGGACGCGAUGAAGUGGUCGGAGACCAAAUUCAAGAACGUUGUGAACUUUGCGGAGAGCGUGAUCAAGUCGUCGGGUGUUGACUUUAAUAAUAUCCGAUAUAUCCCUAUUAGUGGGUUGAGCGGAGAGAAUCUGACGUCGCCGUGUAACCAAUGCAAGUGGUGUAAAGACUGUUUGUUAGACAUCAUCGUGCAAGAGAGUGGAGGGUAUCGUAAUGUCGAAGGACCACUUCGAAUGGUCAUCAACGAGUCGACGCGACAAGGGAAUGGAAGUAUUGUGAGCGGACAUAUUCUUCGUGGAGUGAUAGCGGAGCGUGAUAAUGUGAUUGUGGGCCCAAUGAUGGAGAGUUUUGUUGUGAAAAGAAUGAAGAAAGGGAAUGAUAUGGUGGACUACGCAGGUGCUGGUGAUAUCACCGAAUUGUUGGUUGAAGGCCCAGACCGCUCGAUUGGGAAGUAUCAAGUCAUUGGGAAUCCCGAGAGUUUGCCUGUCGGUGUGAGGAAGUUUGACGCAACAGUCAAAUUGAAUACCUUCGACAUGAGCAUUCGAAGAGGGACUUUAAUGCAGUUGUAUACAUGGAGUGGGAAUAGUCCAUGUGUCUUUGCACGUAUCAUGUUUUCUGGUGUUCGUGACGUUCAUGUGAAGCCAAAGAAACUGAGUGGUAAGGUCGAGGCAAGUGUUGAAAUCAUAUUGCAGAAACCACUUGUUCUUGAAAUCGGCGCCACUGGAAAAAACCUCGGAAAGUUCUUUUUAAGAUGCAACAAGACUACAAUAGGGUCCGGAGUCGUCACUGAAAUUAAAGAUAACUGA